CAUGUCGAAAAGAAAAGCACCGGCUUCCAAAGCCAAAAAGCGUUCACCCAGUAUCACAGCAACAGAGACAAAAAAUCGCAAGUCUCCAGAAGAUGACGAUGAUAAAACUUCGAUUAACGCAAAGAAAAACUCUGAAAUAGCCUCAUCAUCCGGUGGAAAAUCGUUGAAAGAUGGUGAAAAGGUACCACUUUCCGAAAAGUCAAUGGUUAAAGAAGCAACAUUGGAAACAAAAGUAGACGAUGUAGAACAAGAAGAUUUUACAGACAGUGAUGAUUCUACACCUAAAAAACCUGCACUGAUCAAGUCUUGCCCUGAACUAAUGAACUGUUCAUCCGUUACUGAUGUACUUCAAGCAAUGGAAGGAAAAGUUCACUCAAAGCAGAAUAAGAAAGAUGGAAUGGAAUCAGAAGGUAGUGAUUGGGAAGAAGUGGAAAAUGCCGAAAAUGAGGACGAUUACGUUAAACCAUCAGAGGAGGUCAACAUCAAAUUAGACCAUAUUCCAGGACAAUUAAAAAGGAAAAGCAAGAAGGAGAGGAUGAUGGAAUGGUUCAAAUAUUGGAUGGCUAAAUAUAAAAGAGACACAUUUUCAUGGAUGCAUAAAGUCCAUCUACUACUAUUACUUGCUCAUGGUAGAUAUGUUAAUGAUGUACUAAAAGGAGACAUAUUCAGAGCUGUUUCUCUCUCAGUUAAGCCUUCGUUUAUAUUCUUGAAAACGGCAAUGAAAAACUGGGGUAUUGAAACUCUAAGGAAGUUAGUUAAUUCUAUAACUGAAAUAGUAAAGAUGAAUAUAAAAGAUGAAAAUGUGAAAGGAAAUAUUGCUGAACGUCUUGAGUGUACUAUUACAAGAGGAGUGGCAUUUUCUCGAACAGAAUAUAUCUUAAGUUGUAUCGGAAUAUUACAAGGUUUUGGUCUAGAAGUUCGUCUUGUCAUGUCUUUCUAUCCUCUUCAUUUUAGAGAAAAAAUUCCUAAGUGUCAUCUAGUAGCAAAGAAUAGCACCAAACGAAAACACGUAAAAAAUCCCGCCGCAAUACCUAAAAAGAAAGUUAAGAAAUUAGUAAUAGAAGAUUCAUCCGAAGAUGAUGAAGAUGUGCCUGUUGAGGAAGAGGAGACAGAAAUAGACGAAAAAGUCGACAUUGAGGAAACGGACAAUAAUAGUGAAAGUAAAUAUUUCAGUGCGUCGAAAAAGUUGAAAAAACGAUCUUCUACUAGAAUACGAAAUAAGAAACAAAGCAAUAAAUCUGCGGUAAAAAUUUCCACUUUUUCCAAUUCUGACGAUUCCGAUUUUGAAGUUGUUGGAAAAAGUCAAUCAAAGAAAUCAAAAAAGGGAACAUGUGCUAAGGAAGAGUUUAAACCUAUCAAAAUUCUUUCUGAAUCAAGUAGUGAUGGGUUAGAAGAAAAAAUAGACGUAGAUAUUUGGUGUGAAGUAUAUUUGAAAAAGGAAAAAAAAUGGAUUUGUGUAGAUUUUGUUAAUAUGGAUGUUAAUUGUACAUCAAGCAUGGAAGAUCGUUGCUCUAAUACUCUGGUUUAUGUCAUCGGCUUUAAUCCAGAUAAUACAAUGAAGGAUCUAACGGAGAAAUAUUCAGCGAAAUUUAACGUUAACAAUCGAAAACUUCGGGCCGAUCAUAACUGGUGGAAACAAACUCAGGAAAUAUUUGAAUCAAAGUCUAAAAGGGAUGAAGAUGAAAAUAAACUUAUCCUUGACAAGAAAAGAGAAGAACCUUUACCGAAAACUAUCAACGAAUAUAAAAAUCAUGCCUUGUACGCACUGAAGCGACAUCUGUUGAAAUUUCAGGCUAUUUACCCUCCAGAAGCUGCACCUAUUGGCUUUAUAAGAAACGAAGAAGUAUACGUAAGAGAGUGUGUUCAUACGCUUCAUACAAGAGAAACUUGGACUCGAGAGGGAAGGCAGGUAAAACCUUUCGAAAUUCCAUACAAAACUGUGAAAGCUAGAAAAAAUAAAAAACAUGUCUAUGUAGAAGAGCCAAAAGCUGAAUUGUUUGGGGAAUGGCAAACGGAGGUAUAUACACCAGAUCCGGUUGAAAAUGGCAGAGUUCCUCGUAACCAAUAUGGUAAUGUUGAAUUGUAUAAAGAAUCUAUGUUACCGAAAGGAGGUGUACAUUUGAGACUACCAGGACUAAACAAGGUAGGUAGAAAGUUGAAUAUUGACUGUGUCCCUGCAGUAACUAGUUGGGACUUUCACGGAGGCUUCAACCAUCCAGUUGUUGAUGGUUAUGUUGUUCCGGAGGAGAGCAAAGACAUAUUACUUGCAGCUUGGGAUGAAGAACAGGAGAUAAUGGCAGAGAAAGAAGCUCAAAAAAAGGAAAAGCGAGUACUAGAAAGAUGGAAAUUGCUGAUAAAAGGUAUCUUGAUAAAGGAAAGACUACGCAAAAAAUAUCAGAAAGUAGACGAUUCUGAAGAUGUUCAACAAUCUUCUUUUCCAAAUAACAAAGGUGCUGUAAAUGAUUGA